CCGCCACUGCUCGCCGUGCUCCCGACCCGAGGCUGCCCCUCGCCCCCAGGCCGACGCCAUGAAGAUCAAGGAUGCCAAGAAGCCCUCUUUCCCGUGGUUUGGCAUGGACAUUGGAGGAACUCUGGUAAAGCUCUCAUAUUUUGAACCUAUUGAUAUCACAGCAGAGGAGGAACAAGAAGAAGUUGAGAGCUUAAAAAGUAUUCGGAAAUAUUUGACUUCUAACGUGGCAUAUGGAUCCACUGGCAUUCGAGAUGUACACCUUGAACUAAAAGAUUUAACACUUUUUGGCCGAAGAGGGAACUUGCACUUUAUCAGAUUUCCAACCCAGGACCUGCCUACUUUUAUCCAAAUGGGAAGAGAUAAAAACUUCUCAACAUUACAAACGGUGCUAUGUGCUACAGGAGGUGGUGCUUACAAGUUUGAAAAAGAUUUUCGCACAAUUGGAAACCUCCACCUACACAAACUGGAUGAACUUGACUGCCUUGUAAAGGGCUUGCUGUAUAUAGACUCUGUCAGUUUCAAUGGGCAAGCUGAGUGCUACUAUUUUGCUAAUGCCUCAGAACCUGAGAGAUGCCAAAAAAUGCCUUUUAACUUGGAUGAUCCCUAUCCACUGCUGGUGGUGAACAUUGGCUCAGGAGUCAGUAUUUUAGCAGUCCAUUCCAAAGACAACUAUAAAAGAGUGACUGGGACAAGCCUUGGAGGGGGUACCUUUCUAGGUUUAUGCAGUUUAUUGACUGGCUGUGAAAGUUUUGAAGAGGCUCUUGAAAUGGCAUCCAAGGGUGACAGCACCCAAGCUGACAAGCUGGUGCGUGAUAUUUAUGGAGGGGAUUAUGAAAGAUUUGGUCUGCCAGGUUGGGCUGUAGCAUCCAGUUUUGGGAAUAUGAUUUAUAAGGAGAAGCGCGAAUCUGUUAGUAAAGAAGAUCUUGCAAGAGCUACUUUAGUUACUAUCACCAAUAACAUUGGUUCUGUGGCACGAAUGUGUGCUGUUAAUGAGAAAAUAAACAGAGUUGUCUUUGUUGGAAACUUUUUACGUGUCAAUACCCUCUCAAUGAAACUUUUGGCAUAUGCACUGGAUUACUGGUCAAAAGGUCAACUGAAAGCAUUGUUUCUAGAACAUGAGGGAUACUUUGGAGCAGUUGGUGCGCUUCUUGGGCUGCCAAAUUUCAGCUAAAGCGUCAGGUUCCUGUGAGCUAAUAAAUGUCACCCAAGAGAAACUGCAACCAGAGGCAUUAUUACUGCAUUGUCUGUCACUGGGAACCAAAGGAUAAAAGAGAAGCUGAGUGUUGCCAAAUCAAAGGCAGGAGUUGAAUACCGUGGAGUAUUUCUGAUUGAAAUGCUUUCCCUUUUGUAUAUAGCCAGUGUUAAAUCCUUAAUGCAAUACAGCCUCUCAUUAUUGAGCUUCCUCUCAAAAGGUUAUCUUGUUAUUUUAUGUACCAACAUUGCAGUACUGUAUGCUCAAACACAAAUCUUAAAGUCUCAGAAAUGUUGCACUUAUGAAAAUAAUGGAUUUUGAAUAUGUUACAAGUCUGUUUCGUUACUAAGCGAGCAGGCAGUAACAUACCCUGUAUCAAAACUUACUGAAAUGGCAAUCAAACGAGCAUUUUUAUGAUUUUAGGAAUGUUAAGGCAACAUUAUUUUUUUAACGUAUCUCCCCAAAAGCAUGUUUAUGUGAUCUUUCCCCAGAAGUACAGCUUUUUUCAAAUGCCAUGAUUGAACUACUGUUGGCAAAUGAUAGCUGAAUUUUAAAAUGAACCUUGGAAGGUGCACAUGGCUGGUGACAUUGCACUUUUUGUGUGUGUGAGUUAAUCAGUACAUGUUAAAAAUGUUGAACAUGUUAAGAUUGGAAGCUUAGUUACUUACUUGGGAGCCUAUGUAAUAAGAUUCUGGGACUGUUCUAAUGGAAUAUGGUUUGAGU